UUAUCAUCACGCUUUUCCCUCUCAAUCACCCGCACGCAUACAUACAUUCGACUGUAGAAGAAGACUAAAGCGAGGACCAUGGACUCCUCGCGACCCUCAGAUCGCGAUCGCGACCGAUCGCGCUCUCCACGCCGGUCGCCUGUUCCGCGCAAACCCAAGAACUUCAGCGGCCUCAAGUACAAAGGCGAUCGCGAGCGGCGCGACUCCGACCGACGGCGCGACGACCGAGACCGAGAUCGAGACCGGGGUGAUCGAGAGAGGCGACCAAGAGACGCAGACAGCGACCGAAGGCGCGACUCGGACUAUGAUCGAGACCGGCGACCACGAGACUCAGACCGCCGCCGCGACGACGACCGCCACCGCCGGCGCCGAACGCGCUCUCCACGCGACCGGAAAUCGCGGAGCGACGACCCUUCUAGCAAAGACCCAGCAUCCUCUUCAUCCAGGAAACCAGCGUCUGCUCCCGCAGCAGCAGCACCAGCAACGUCGUCAGAACCCAUGAUCCUCGUCACCAUCAACGACCGCCUAGGCACUAAAACACAGGUCCCAUGUCUCCCCAGCGACCCCAUCAAGCUGCUCAAAGCCAUGGUCGCAGCCAAGAUUGGGCGGCCUGUCCACGAGAUCAUGCUCAAGAGGCAGGGCGAGAGGCCGUUUCAUGAUAAUUUGACCUGUGCCGAUUAUGCGAUUAGUAAUGGCGUGCAGAUUGAUUUGGAGCUGAAUACGGGGGAUUAGAGGGGUUGUGUUGUUGGUUGGUUGGUUGGACGGGGUGGGAUGUGCACAAGGGAAUUGAAAGUGGAAUUGGAAAGUGGAAUUGAAACUCGAGGGGUUUGAAAAAGGGAGAAUAACAUGGCAUUAUGAUACCCCGUGGACCGAUCAAAUGAUUUUUUUUUGGUAAAGCUAAAAUGCUAGAUUGGCGAAGAAAAAAGAAAAGAAUGCAAGUCUGAGGAGAUUCCGGUAUCAAAACUGGGUAUAUUCCA